AGGCACAGGACAGACAGCUUGUCGAAACUUGCCUAUGAAUGGCUGUCAGAUGAGCGUAACGGCCGAUGGCUCAUCAUCCUAGACGGUGUCACCGAUGACAGCUUCAGCUUCCUUCAGGACAAGACAAGUCUACUCCAAAGCCAAAAUGGCACAGUACUCAUCACCACGCGGUACAAGACGGUGGGGCACAGACUUGCCGGAAAUCGCAACGAUGUUAUCGAGAUGGAACCCAUGGCGGUCUUUGAUGCUGUUGCCCUACUGGGACGAAAGUUGGGGCGUUCAGGGAACAACUCAUGGAGAGGGCCGCGCUCAACCAGCGAUCUCGUCAAGUCACUUGGCUUGAGCCCACUGGCUAUCUGCCGAGCGUCGGCUUACAUAGAAGCCCGAAAUGACCAGACUGGGCCUGGCUACUUCAAGCAGCUACUGAGCAGUGAGCAAGAGAGAACCAAGCUCCUAGAAUUUGAACCUUCCAGCUCCAAUGGAAGCGGAAAGAGACAGGACAGCAUUCUCACAAUAUGGCAGAGUUCGUUCAGGGCCGUCCGCGCGGAGAGAUCGUCUGCGGCUGACCUAUUAGCUCUGAUGAGCUUCUUUGACCGCCGGGGAAUCCCGAAAUGGCUUCUAAACAUCCCCAGACGCAAUGAUCCUAGCCUUCACAAAGGAACAUCUGGAAUCUUUGAUAUCGACUCCGACAUAGAAACGCUGUUAAACCAUUGUCUCAUAUCUUCAAAUGGCACGAAAGACAUAUUAUCAAUGCACGGGCUCAUGCAGCUCGCCGUGAAGAGAAGCACUAACCACACUACUCGCCAUACAUACGAGUAUCUGUUCGUCAAGCGCCUACAAGAAGCAUUUCCAAGAGAUGUGUAUUCCAACUGGACAACCUGCGAAGAGCUUCUGGCCCAUGCCCAAGUCGCAGCAAGCCGCCAACCAACAAGCAACUACCUAUUAGGAUACUGGGCGUCUCUUCUGUAUCACGCAGCCCGAUUUGCUCGAGCGCAAGGCAACUAUGAAGUUGCCAUGAAAUUGGCCGACCAGGUCGUAAAAGCCCGGAGCCAUCUGCACUCGGAGAGCAUCGAAUCACCGGUGGCCUCUUCGUUGACUGCGCUUAUACAUAUGGACCAAGGGUCAUACGACAUGGCUGAGAAGAUAUUCACACAAGUGGCGGAUGUAUACAGGGACGAUGAUUCCUACGCAAGGCUGACCAGCAUGCACAAUCUGGCGUGUAUCUACAAGCUCAGGGGUCUAUGGAAGGAGGCUGAGGAAAUCCUUGGCCCGGUCACAAUAGACCGAAGAGCGAACUGUGGUGAAGAUCAUCCAUGGUCUCUUUCAAGCUUGGCUAACCUGGCAUCGCUGAGGAGGGCUCAGGGCCGGUAUCACGAGGCCCAUAUAGUCCUACUUCGAGUGUUCGAAGGCUACACAAGGAGGUUCGGGUUGGACCACCCACGAACACUCGCCAGCAUGAACGAUCUGGGCUCGAUCUGCAGGCUUCUGGGAAUGCCAGACGAGGCAGAGCGAUACCAGAAACAGGCAUAUGAGUCCCGCAGGAUGAUUUUCGGCGCAGAUCACCCGGACACUCUCGCAAGCAUGAACAGCCUCGCCUCCACAUACAGAGUCCAAGGCCGCCUCGACGAAGCCGAAGCCCUCCAAGAACAAACACUGGAGGCUCGCAAGAAGAUACUUGGGCCAAACCACCCCAGCACCCUAGCCAGCAUGAACAACCUCGCUCUCAUACUUAACGACCAGGGGAAGCAUGGAGUGGCAAGCAAACUGCAGUCCCAAGUGCUCGACGCUUGCAAGGAGAAGUUUGGGCCGGAGCAUCCGCACACGCUGACGAGCAUGAACAACCUCGCGCUCAUAUGGAGGAACCAGGCGCGGUAUGCGUUGACCAAGUGGACGAUGGAGAAUUGUGCCGAGGCUCGGAGGCGAGUGCUCGGGCCUGAUCAUCCGUAUACCCUCGCUUCGGCGAGAAUAGCGGAGAGUUGGGCUUCUGAGAAGGAGAAGAUGGCCAGGUAG